AAUGUUUGAUCUGUCAAAAGUAUACACAUGUGUUAAUGGACAGUGUUUACCUUUGUAUUUUUAUUUUUUUUAUUUAUUGUGUUUUUCUGACAUAACAGUUGUCAGAUUUAGUGUCACGUUAUUGUUUUUAAUUAAAUAUAUGGAUUCUGGUGAUUAUUUCUUUGGAUUUCAACGUUCCCAUUCAAUUCAGGGAUUUAAAUAUUGGAGAUUUGCGGAAUUAUAGGAAAGUAUUCCUUAAUAUUUAUUAUUAAAAUUGUUUUUUUUUUUUUUUUUUUUAAAAAAAUUUGUUGUUUUUUUUUUUUUUAUUGAUAAUGAAUCAUUGAACAAAUGAUUUUUCCGCAUCCUUUUUUUAGCUUGAUUACGGAAAUGAAGGUCAUUCGUUUCUUGUGGAUUUAUUGAAGAAAUUACCGGAUUGGAAAAAUUAAUUAAUAGGAACCCUAUAAAAGAUUUCAAUUUUAAAUUGGUUUCAAGGAUGUAAAAAAAAACGAAAAAUCUAAUUAAUCGGAAAAUAGUGAGGCUGAAAAAGGAAUUUUCCGUAUUUCAUCUUUCAAUUCCAAUUCAUCGAGUUUUUCUUCCCCUUUUUCUUUGAACUAAUGUUGCAAAAGGAAAUGGAAACAAUUAACCGAUAAUCCGAAAUAAAAAUGCGGUCAUGUUCAAGAGAGUUGAAGUAAUUAUUUAUUCAAAAACGUGAAAUCCCGAAUUAAAUUCUGGGUGCUUUUUAAAGAUUCGUAAUUAGUGUGACCAAGUCUAUGAAAAAUUAUCCCGGGGGACAAAUCAAUAUCGGACCGGGUUUUUGUAUAUUCAAUGAAUUUUUGAAAUGCGAUACGAUGAACCAAAUAUAUUGUAAAGGGACUGCAUCGUAUAAUUUUAGAACCGGCGAGUACAAAUUAAUUCGGAGUCACACACAUAGUAGUGAUACUGCUAAUGUCAGAGAAGAAAACGAGUCAUUUCUGACUGUUUUAAAACAAGUGGCGGCGACCCAACACGACAAGUUGGAGAUACUGUACGAACGACAGGCAGUAUUUCACCCAAAUGCAGCGCAGCGCCUUCCGUAUCGCCAAAUUAAAAGUACGAUGGAAAAAGCUCGGAGGAAUAAUGUCCCCCCCGUUCUGGAGGAUGUAAAUUCAUUAUCGUCAUUUGUGAGAUUAUUGAACACAGAAGAUUUCUCUCACUUGAAAGUCAAUCAAAAUGUAAAUUUAAACUUUACAUUCUGCGAGGAGUCGAAUUCCGUAAUAAUAAUAGACUCAGCUGAAUUUGUACGGACAGUUGUGUUUCGAGAGAGUGGCGUAUUUUUUAUAAACGAAUCCACAAGAGUUGUUCCUCCAAAUGUAGGGUGCUCUAAAUUACUAACGGUAAUGGCUAUGUGGAGCGAAAUGUUUGUUCUUCCUGUUGCUCACGUUUUAAUGAGUUCAGUUUCUGUCGAGGCAUACAAAGUCGUAUUUCGAAAUUUAAAAAAUCUCAUGCCAGGAUUUGAAAUAACCGAAGUAAUAACGCCAAUAAAUGAUGCAAUGAGAGAAGGAAUUAUUUCAACAUUUAGAGAUGCAAACGUUGAACCCAGCUUGCAUCACAUUGCGAAGAAACUGUUUUACUUAUUUUCGAGAAAUGGGGUUCAAAAUAAACUAACCGAAGCGACUCGGGACGAUCAUGAAGAAGAAAUAAGAUUGCAGGAAUUAUUAAGAGGAAUGAUUGCUCUUCCUACAUUAACAAUUCCAAAGAUUUUGGAAAUUAAAGCCCACUGGAGAGAAGAAGUGUGGGUAGAACACGGGGAGGUCGUCACCCAACUUUUAGGAGGAAUUGAGAACCUUAUCAACCAAAUCUCACUGCAUCAUUUCUCUAUGUACAAAAAACCGCACUAAAUCUCAAACGUGUUUGAAUUAUUUGGCACGCGAUUGAACGCCCACAUAAAAGAUAAUUUACAAAACGUUUGGGAAUUCACAAAGGCCAUGACUUCAAUGCAUGAGAGAAUUCGAAAAGACAAAGAGAAUAUAGACCAAAAAAAAUUUAAUUUACCUCAAUCUCCGCGUUACCUAGUGAAAACUCAACUAAAAAACCUAAAAGAUAAAUGGGCGAAGUUAGACAACGUUGAACUCACGGUAAAAGAGUUCUUAAUGAAUAUUUAUUUCCUCUUUGGCGAACAGCUGGUCAACUUUCUGGGAUACAGAAUGAACCAGGAAGGUGGAGAAGAAAAUGAAAACAAUGUCAACGACAAUGCGAAUAACGCAGAGGAAAACGCAGAGGAAAACCCAGCUGUGGCAGAAGUAGAAGAAAUGGCCCUCGGUGUCAAUCAAGAAAUGGUAGCAAAUAACGGAGCAAAUCAACGAACAUGCUGCAUUUGUCAAUCCCAACCACCGACGAUGGCUUUUGCGCCCUGCGGUCAUUCAAAUAUGUGUGAGCAAUGUGCCACAGCAUUUCAAGAAAGGGGACUUGACUUAUGUCCCACUUGUCGUGAUAAUUACGCGUACUUAGUGAAAAUUUAUUAUUAAAAAUGUUUUUCAAUUCAAAGCUAUUUGUAUUUUGUACAGAAACUACUUGUGAGACUUCCCUUUUGUCCCAGUUUCUUACAUUAAUUUUAUUUUUUUUCAAAUUACACUCUACAGUCUUCACUGUACACUUUUUUAAGGAUUAAUUAAACAAUUUAUUUUGAAUCGACAA